AUGACGUGCUCGAGCGGCAGCACGGCGGCGGUGUCGCGGCUGGCGGUGGCCUGGGGCCUGCUGGCGCUGGCCACGGUGCUCACCGCCUUCGUCACCAGCGGCUGGCUCUGGACCUGGGAGCCGCUCAACUCGGCCGCCACGGCCACCGUCACCUUCCGCAUCGGCCUCUGGCACGUCUGCCCCACCGUCUGGCGUGACAACUCCUCCCAGCACAAUCCGGUGGCGUCGCCGGCGUGUUCGCUCGUUAAGUAUUCGUCUUGGGACGAGGUGAAGCACUCCGACCUGGGCUUGUGGGCGCCGCUACACUUCACGCCCAUCUUCGUCACGCGCAUGAGGCUUUCAAUGCCGUUUGAAGCUGUGGGUCUGCUACUCAUCCUAAUCGCCACGCUGUUCGCCGUGAUGGGACACUGCAGCUGUGACCACAAGAUGCUCAUCGCAUGUGGACUCUACAUCCUCGGAGGUCUGUCGCUGGGCGGGGGCUUGGUGGUGUUCGCGUCGGUGCUGAGCGACGCCUACCUGGAGCGCCCCCGCGGCACCCAGCAGGCGGCGCUGUUCGACUACCGCUACGGCUGGUCGUUCUUCGUGGCGUGCGCCUCCUUCCUGAUGUCGGAGCUGGCGGCGCUGCUGUCGGUGACGGCCUACCUGCGCCGCUUCCCGUCCGUCGAGGAGAUGGUGAGCGCCGCGGUGCCCGGCGCCGAGCGGUUGGUGCGCAACCUGUGGACGAGCCCGCGCGGCCUGUACGCCAAGCGGCCGCUGCUGCUGCCCGCCCUGCAGCAACAGUUCGGAGGACAGUCGUUCCGCCCCGGCCGCUACGAGACGCUGCGGCCGCCCGCCAAGAAGAAGGCGGUGAACGUGAGCACGUUCAGCUCUCUGGAGCAUUUAGACAGUGGCAUGUGA